CAUAGCACUCCCUAGAGGAAUAUGAGCAUAACGGGAAGGUGUCAUUGACUCCGAAUUAAAAUUUUAACCUGUCCCCUGAACAGCUACAGGAUUUGGAAGCUGAAUCAAUGUUAUCAGAUGAGUUAGAAUCCAAACCAGAGCUCCUGGUACAGUUUGUUCAGAAUACAUCCAUCCCACUUGGACAGGGGCUAGUAGAAUCAGAAGCUAAAGACAUUACUUGCUUGUCCCUCCUUCCAGUGACUGAGGCCUCAGAAUGCAGUCGGCUAAUGUUACCAGAUGAUACUCCAAAUCAUACUAAUUCCUCCAAGGAGGUUCCUUCCUCGGCUGUGUUGAGAAGCCUUCAGGUGAAUGUGGGUCCAGACGGAGAAGAGACGAGGGCUCAGACUGUACAGAAGUCUCCGGAGUUUUUGUCCACUCCAGAGUCUCCUAGCUUGUUGCAAGAUCUACAGCCAAGUGAUAGCACUUCUUUUAUUCUUCUUAACCUUACAAGAGCAGGUCUGGGCUCUUCAGCCGAACACUUAGUAUUUGUACAAGAUGAGGCAGAGGAUUCAGGGAACGAUUUCCUCUCCAGUGAGAGCACAGACAGUAGUAUCCCAUGGUUCCUCCGGGUGCAGGAGUUGGCCCAUGACAGUUUGAUUGCUGCUACCCGUGCACAACUGGCAAAGAAUGCAAAAACCAGCAGCAAUGGAGAAAAUGUCCACCUUGGUUCUGGUGAUGGGCAACCCAAAGAUUCUGGGCCCCUUCCUCAAAUGGAGAAGAAGCUCAAGUGUACAGUUGAAGGCUGUGACCGGACAUUUGUGUGGCCAGCUCACUUUAAGUACCACCUCAAAACUCAUCGAAACGACCGCUCCUUUAUCUGCCCUGCAGCAGGUUGUGGGAAAAGCUUCUAUGUACUGCAGAGGCUGAAGGUACACAUGAGGACCCACAAUGGGGAGAAGCCCUUUAUGUGCCCUGAGUCUAACUGUGGUAAGCAGUUCACUACAGCUGGAAACCUGAAGAACCACCUGCGCAUCCACACAGGAGAGAAGCCUUUCCUUUGUGAAGCCCAAGGAUGUGGCCGUUCCUUUGCUGAGUAUUCUAGUCUUCGAAAACAUUUGGUGGUUCACUCAGGAGAGAAGCCACAUCAGUGUCAAGUCUGUGGGAAGACCUUCUCUCAGAGUGGGAGCAGGAAUGUGCACAUGAGAAAGCAUCACUUGCAAAUGAGAGCAGCUGGGAGUCAAGAGCAGGAACAGACUGCUGAGCCACUAAUGGGCAGUAGUUUGCUUGAAGAGGCUUCAGUAACCAGUAAAAACCUGGUGUCUAUGAAUUCUCAGUCCAGCCUUGGUGGAGAGUCCUUGAACCUACCAAAUACCAAUUCUAUCCUAGGAGUUGAUGAUGAGGUGCUCACUGAAGGAUCCCCACGUCCUCUGUCUUCAGUGCCUGAUGUGACACAUCACUUGGUGACCAUGCAGUCAGGGAGGCAGUCAUAUGAGGUUUCUGUCUUAACUGCCGUAAAUCCACAGGAGGGUCGGUUGUCUCAGAGAUACCAGGCUGAACUAACUGGGCAUAUAGGAAUGUGUCCAGUUGCUUGUUGAGUGAGAACCAUCAUCUAAAUCAAAGAGGUUGAUUUUACUAAACCAAGGAGAUUUAACUGAAAGACAGACAUGAGCAUGGGUGCUGACUCCUGGAAGAGCAGCUCUGUCUGAUCCCAGAGUGCAUACAGUGGGAACAGGAUGCUUAUGGCCCACAAUUUGCCAGAACCAAAAUGAAUCUGUGAAGGACAGGACCCCACUUUUGCCUCUGUUCAUCUUUCCUGGCCUAGAAGAUGAAUGCAGGAGAGCUUCUCUUCAACUACCAUCUGAUUCAAACAAGGAAGAAAGCAGUGAAUGUGGGCUGGGUAACUGUACCUACCUCUCUUCCCACUGCACAAUUUUGGGAUAGACUUCUCCCAAAAGUGAAUUUGAUUAUGUGUUGGCUGAAGUUUCUCAGUAAGACUGUUGAGGGGAGGUUUUCCUUUGAAGAGUUUUCAUCGCAGAUGGAGCUGUCUUUUCACAUGGGUGAACUAAAUCCUGCCACCAACCAUAAAACUUCACCAAGAAGUUGAGCUUUCAAGAUGCCUUGUUGCUUUGGAGAAGGGAGUGAUGUCAGUUCUGUUGUGACAUUCUCCCUUUAGCAACCUGAGUAAGAGACUCUCCGCCACUGGGCUGCAAAAAAGUAAAUUACUUGAAUCCCUGCUUGGCCCAGGCUGAGGUAAUGUCUUGUCCUGUACACCUCUACUUGGCCUCUUUGCUUUCUUUGUUUAUGGAACAUACAGUAGCAUGUUAAGAGGUUGUUUGCUUUUUUGCCUUUUUUUUUUUUAAGUUAAAAAUCACAAGAUUCAGAGCUUCAAUUGUUUUUCCUUUAAAUAAACAAAAUAGGCAGUCAGUU